AUGGGAGUACUUGCUGCCAUACAAGACGGAAAUAAGAAAGGACACAAUCUCAGACUAACCAUAACAGAUUUGGAUGGUCACAUUUACUAUGCACAUGGCAAUGAACAAACAGCCGCAAAACUUCUUGACGCUUUCAAGACUACAAAGAGAGAACAAAUGGUUGACUCCGACUCAGACAUUUUGAAUGCAAUUGAAGGAAUUGCAAGUGUCAAGUUCGAACGAUACCAACCUAACCGUCAAGCAGUCAGACAACAUGUUUGUUAG